AUGUCACUUAGAUCUUACUUGGUAAACUUGAAACAGGCAUUGAGCCUGAGAACUUUCAAGACUCCGUACAGGAUUGUCACCGGUAACCAAUCGGCUGAUAUGGACUCGGUUGUGUCAGCCAUCACCUUUGCAUACUUGACGUACUCUCUUAAAACCCCAAACGAGUACAUAAUUCCAUUGAUUGAUAUACCCAGGGAGGAUUUUGCUUUACGAAGAGAUAUCAACAAGCUUUUGCUGUACCACAAUAUUACUGAGGACCUCUUGUACUUUGUUGAAGAUUUCGACAAAUUUUUGGACAAGAGCACUUCAAUUGAUUUGUCUUUGGUUGACCACAAUGGACUACAAGGUGUUGAAAUCAACAAAGGCUUUGAUGGAGGCCAAGUAAAUGUGGAGGCAAUCAUUGACCACCAUGCGGACGAAGGUCAUUUUGAGAAUGCCAAUCCUAGAAUUAUUAGAACAUGUGGCUCAAAUUCGACUUUAGUCUUCCACUAUUUCCAUGAUUUAGCGGCGGGACAAGAGGAAUUUUGGGAAAGCAACAAGGAUGUUAUCGAGUUGCUGUUAGGUCCUUUGUUGAUUGAUACUUCCAACAUGACACAGAAAGUUGAAGAUCCCGACAUUAAAGCUUUCGAGUUUUACAAGAAAGUCUUGGCUAGUGACACUGUCAAUUUCACUGCACAAUCGAACUAUAAUGAUUUCUACAAAACUUUGAAAACAGCAAAGAAAGAUAUAAGUGGAUUUAGUUUUGCAGAUAUUUUGAGAAAGGAUUACAAGCAAUUCAAGUUCCUCCACGAUGACAGAGUAGGUUUCAGCUCCAUCAGCAAGCCAUUGCUGUGGAUCGCAAAUAAAUUUUCCAUCCAAGACAUCAAAGAUGAUCUUUCAAGGACAUUAAAAGCGAACCAGAUUGAGUUGUUGGUAAUAACUGCAUCUUUUACGCAGAAAGAUACCGGCAUCUAUACUAGGGAGUUUUGUUACUACUACGAAGGGCAGAAUGAAAAGUACGCUGAAUUGUAUCAAUUAGUUUGGCAACAACUAGAACUAAGCACAGACUUGUAUAGGAGCGAGGCAAUUAGCUCAUUAACAAAUGGUGUUAAUGACAGUGGGUCCCAUUUGAAGAUUUAUAAUCAAAAGAAAGUGACCGCAACCCGGAAGCAGGUAGUUCCUAUUGUGAAGGAGGUAUUAGAAAAAUAA